UUCAUCUGGGGGGAAUCCGAACUAAGUUCCCCGACUGAGACCUAACAGAGAUCGAAAGAGGAGGAGGGAAAUUUGGAUCCAUAUCAUGAGAAAAUAGCAGCAGAGCAUAGGACUCAUUUUAACGCGCACAAGCAGCAAGGACCCUUCUUUACCAUGUGUUUUUAUGCUACACUCACCGUAUUAGGAUCUACAGAAGAAAGAGGACACAACUUUUAUUGACAUUUUUAUCCAUAAACUAUUGUUGUUUCUGCAGCUUAUUCUACUGGACAUUUAAUGGUCUAAGGACGCUGCAGUUGCUCCGGGAGGUUUCUGCAAGUCCGCCGGCUGAUACUGGAGUGUUUGGGAUCCAGUGAGGAUGCUGCUGGACGCCGGCCCCCAAUUCCCUGCCCUGGGUGUGGGCACCUUCGCCCGGCAUCACCACCACCAUCAUCACCAUCACGCUGCGGCAGUAGCAGCCGCUGCCGCAGCCGCAGAAAUGCAAGAGCGGGAGCUGAGCCUGGCGCAGAACAGCUUUGUAGAACCGGCGCAUAUGGGAGCCUUCAAGCUCAACCCAGGCAGUGGUUCUGGAGGUGGCAGCGGCGCAACUAACGGAGGAGGAGCUGGUGGAGGAGCCGGGGCCAACGGAUCUCACGAUUUGUCCCCACCGGGCCAGAGCUCGGCGUUUACUUCCCAAGCUGGUUACCCCUCCUCUGCCCUGGCACCGCAUGCCGCCUACACGGGCGCUGCCUCUUACAGCCCCCGGGACUUCUUGUUCCGCGGUCGCGGAUUUGCAGAGGGCCCUACAACUGGCACUGGAGGAGGUCAGCACGGCUUAUUUGGCCCCCCCACUGGCAGCCUGCACCAUCACCCGCAUCACCACCAGAUUCCGCAUGGAGAGCACCCGCAGAGCCACCUGCUGUUCCCUGGCAUCCAUGAGCAGCAUGCAGCGGUCUCACAGAAUGCCCUGGGCGGCCAGAUGCGGCUGGGGCUGCCAGGGGAGGUGUUCGGUAGAACUGAGCAGUACCGUCAGGUGUCCAGCCCCAGAGGAGACCCUUAUACCACAGCUCAACUACAUAACCAGUAUGGCCCCAUGAACAUGGGCAUGAACAUGGCUGCCCACCAUCAUCACCACCACCACCCUGGGGCCUUCUUUAGGUACAUGAGACAGCAAUGUAUAAAGCAGGAACUCAUCUGCAAAUGGAUUGACCCAGAGCAGCUCAGCAAUCCCAAAAAAAGCUGCAACAAGACUUUCAGUACAAUGCACGAACUGGUCACCCAUGUGUCAGUGGAGCAUGUAGGGGGCCCAGAGCAGAGCAACCACAUCUGCUUCUGGGAGGAGUGCGCCAGGGAGGGAAAGCCCUUUAAAGCCAAAUACAAACUGGUCAACCACAUCAGAGUGCACACUGGGGAGAAGCCUUUCCCCUGCCCCUUCCCGGGAUGUGGCAAAGUCUUCGCCAGGUCGGAGAACCUUAAGAUUCACAAAAGAACGCACACAGGAGAAAAACCAUUCCAGUGUGAAUUUGAAGGCUGUGAUAGACGUUUUGCCAACAGCAGCGACAGAAAGAAGCACAUGCAUGUCCACACUUCAGACAAGCCCUAUCUGUGCAAGAUGUGUGACAAGUCUUACACCCACCCCAGCUCCCUGAGAAAACACAUGAAGGUGCAUGAAUCUUCACCCCAAGGUUCUGAAUCUUCCCCAGCUGCCAGCUCUGGUUAUGAAUCCUCUACCCCUCCAGGCCUGGUAUCACCUAGCACUGAAACACAGACCACCAACUUGUCCCCAACGGCAGCCGGGGUGUCUGCUGUACACAGCGUGUCAGGUGGGGCAGGGGGAGCUCUCUCCUCAAACUUCAAUGAAUGGUACGUCUAGGGGCCCCUACUAGCUCCUAUAGGACACUUGAGAAGCCAACAGGGACAUUGCAGGAACCUAAAUUCACCAGCCAAGCGGACACUCCCAUGUGAGAAUGAUCAUCAGCACCAGCAAGGAUUACAUACAAAAACGCUGCAAAUGAUGUACAAAAAAGCAUGAAGAUAUUAUACACCAGAAUCUAUUUAUUCCUCCCAACCCCCAAAUAUGAGAACUGUUUUACUCUUGACCUACACCAACAUUUCCCUUCCCCUAUGUAUAUAGACAAUACCUACAGGCAGAAGCUAAAGGCAGUUUCUUCUUUGUCUAUGACUUUUAUACCGCAGUAGAUGCGGUUUUACAAAAACAGACGUUGGUUUAAUCUCCAAUUUCAAAACAAAAAUAAGAUGAGACUUGUCUCUUUUGUAUUGUGGUAUUAAGUAUUUGUGUCCUUUUUAUUAAGGAAGCUUGAUUGUAAAUUUCAUGCAACUGGACUGGGGAAUAAAAAACUGUGCCAAAGUCUUUUUUUUUUUUUUUUUUUUUUUUCCAUCCAUCUACAGCAGACAUUUAUACUAAAGGCUUGUGAAUGUACUUUAUGUUAACAGUUUGUGAUGUUUUGUGCUUUUGCAAGUUCAACUUGUUAGUUACUGUUUGAAAGACUGUGGGGCAUCUUAAACUAAUGUGCAGUUAGCUUUUACCAUAUCUACAGCCUUCCUCUUGUAAAUAUUUCUUACCAUAUUUAUCCAUUUGUAAUUAAAUUAUGGUAUACACUUGCUACAGAGGAAACACUAUUUAUAAAAAAAAAAAAAGUUUCUUAACUAUAAAUAUGUACAAUUGUGAGCAUAAA